GCCCAACACACUGGCACGUAUCCUCAUGCGUUCCCAGUUGUUGGAUAAACUCCGGACUUCCAGUGGGAAACGAUCGUAACAGGCCGCGCCUGGGCGUAUUCUUGCAUCCAAACACUCCCGUCACCGGUCUGUCUGCACGGCUAUCUUAGAAAUCUUAGAAAUAGGAAAAAAAAAAGAAGGAAAAAGGAGCCUUUGAAGAAAAACCUUCAGCCUUCGAAGAAGAAGCUCAGAGAGUAGAAAGUAGAAAGUGUAAUUUGGUAUCCAUUAUCGAUGGGAUAUGUUCAAGAAGCCAGAGAAAAUCAUGUCAAGAAGAAAGUAGAAGAAGCUUUACGUAGCAAAAUGAAGCAGAAGGCGCUUAAAGAAUGUGAUCAAUACACUAAAAAGUAUGCUGAAUGCGCUUUAGGAAGAACAUUAUCUGUUGUCUGGCAGUGUCGCAAACAGGCGAAAGAGUUGAAUGAUUGCCUGCAUCAGUAUACCAAUGACUCUGUAUUGGAAGAGAUGAAGAGAGAAUACACGCUUCAACAGGAAGGCAAAUGAUUGUGAAAAUUAAGCAUGUGCUCAAGAGACUCAAUGUUCUCUGGUUCUGCAAAUAUGAUGAACUUGCAUAGCAAAGACCAGAUGAUGCCGAAGAGGAUUCCUAAAUUACAUGUUCUUAUGUCUCAACCAUAAGAUUCAUUAGUUUUUUUGAUGAUAUCAGGUUCACUUUUGUUCUGAUUGCCAUCCUUGUAGAAGGAAUAAAUUGCAAAUAUAGUUUCUGUUCUGCAAAAAUUUUCAGAUGCUUAGGUUGUCAAAAAAUUGCUACAGGAACCCUCCAACUCCACCUUGGGAAAUCACUGACAUAAUCUUGGAUAUUAAAUUGCAUUGUCAAAGUUUGGCAA